AUGUCUUCGACUCCCAUUGCUCAAGUGUUGGCGGAUAUUUCCGGAUUCAUUGGCAAGCAUCCCACCCCUCAAAGGUGCAUUGGGGCGGGGCAAAUGCUGUCCAAAGCAGAAGCAGAGACGAUCAUCAACUCCUCAAACAAGAUCAAUCUCACCGAUACAGAGAAAGAGCAGUAUAUCUGUGGUAUUGCACAGAUGGUUUCAUCCGGCACAAUUGACGAUGUCGUCAAAAAGGCUGCGGAGGACGCCUACCAAAACGCACACAACGUUUAUAUGGAAUUCAUGCAAGCCAGCUUUGCGCUGUUUCUUUUUGACCAAUGGUACCGUACGCAGUUUGCGUAUCAAAUGAUACCGAUUGUGCGUACUUAUGCCAGAAUACUUCAAAAAAGCACUCCUCUAUCAAGAGAGAUUGCUCAGUACGGAGAGAAAUUCGAUUCCGAGGUCAUUCCUCUCUGUGCGAAUGAGAACUAUUCCGUUGACCAACGUAAAGCCAUCAUCGCGGAAUAUAUUUCGAAAACCCAAGAGUUCGAGCAACAAUCGAAAGAAAUCCAGGCUCAAAUAGAAGAGCUCCGUUCGUCAUUCAUUCACCUCAUUGCAGAGGCCAAGGGCUCGGCUGGGCUGAAUUUCGUGCUCUCAAAGGUCGAGGAAACCCCGCACGAAGAUCCAGUCCGCAAAUUUGGACCUUAUGUGAACUUGGGCUUGCCGAUUCUAUCCUUGGCCUUUUCUCUCUAUGGACCUCUGGCUGCCUUUUUGACAAUUGGAGGCCUUUCUAGUCUUGGCACUGCCGCCGCCUUAAAUGCGAGUCUGGCCGUCAGUUGUGCUGUUGCGCAACCCAGUGAGAAGCUGCAGGUGUCCAUGACGCAAGCGUCAGCUACGCCAACCCUCAACGACACGGCAGCUCAGUUUUUGGAUACUUUUCGAAAAAACUUGGAUGGAGUGGGGCAAUACUGGCUCAAUAGUAUAUUGGAUGCUCGAGAGAUUGAAGAUUGGCUCCAUAGUGGAGCUCGUAUGGCCGCGUGGCCAAAAUACAUGAAGUUAAACGUCGACAAGAGCGUUAAAUUAUACUCCGCCUUGGCAAAGUAUCUUCAAGGGUAUGCGCAAGGAAUUGAAGAAAUGCAUGUGGAGAAGUGGAGACUAGAUGCGUGA